AUGGUGAACCAAAAGGCUCAAGAUGCUGUCCAGAAGUCCCUGGACAGUGUGACUGGAGACAAGUCGACAGGGGUUGCAGGCCUGGUGUUCGUAGCCAUUGACAAGGAAGGCAAACAGAUCGCAGCGCACGCAUCCGGCAAAACGGGUCUGAACGAUCGUCCACCGAUGACAAUGGAUACCGUGUUCUGGAUUGCGUCGUGCACAAAGCUCCUCGCCACGAUGGCUUGUAUGCAGGCAGUCGAGCAAGGCAAGCUCAAGCUCGACGAUGCCCAGCAAGUCUACAAGCUUUGUCCGGAGUUGAAGGAGGUGAAGGUCCUUCAGGAUGACGGCAAGCUAGUCGACAAGAAGAACGACAUCACUCUGAGGAUGUUGCUGUCUCAUACUGCUGGAUUCGGUUAUGAGUUCUUCAAUCCCAAGCUCCGUGAUUACGGGCGACCUGCAGGCUUCGAUGUUUUCCACGCCGAUGUUGACGACCUUAUGCGCAUGCCGCUCGUCAAUCAGCCCGGAGACACUUGGGAGUACGGCAUCAACAUUGACUGGGCGGGCAUCGUCCUCGAGCGAGCGACUGGUGUGAAGCUCAAUGACUGGAUACAGCAGCAGAUCAUGCAGCCACUCGGGUUAAAGAGCGUCAAUAUGUUCCCGACAGCGGAUAUGAAGAAAGAGCUCGCAUACAUGCAUCAGCGCUGGCCCGGUGACCCCAGCAAAAACGAAGAGCGAGACCACAUGUACCGUGAGCCAAUUCUGGCGGAAACGGACAAGCAGAAGGAGCGAGUCUUCCACAGUGGUGGCGCUGGAGCGUAUGCCAAACCAGCGGAGUAUGUGCAGGUCCUUGCUGCCCUGCUCAACGACGGCACAAGUCCGAUUACUAAGAAACAGAUUCUGAAGCCGGAGACUGUGAACAUGAUGUGGGAGAACCAGGUUCCGAAGAUGCCCGACUUUGCGCGACAGGGUGUCCCUGCCGCAAAACCCGAGCAGACAAAUCCUUCACCAGAGUUCUACCCGCAAGAAGGCAAUCCGCCUCAAGGCUGGGGUUUGAGUUUCAUGCUCACUCAGGAGCCGGGAGCAACCGGUAGAGGACGCAAUACUGCCUGGUGGGCAGGGAUAGCGAACCUCUUCUGGUGGUGCGACCGCGAAAAGGGCGUUGCGGGUAUGAUCGCAUCCCAGAUAAUGCCGUUUGGCGACCAGCAUGUCAUGGGCCAAUGGGGCGCAUGUGAGGCGGCAGUUUACUCCGCUCUUUCGUGA